GAACUUAGCUCAGUGUUCACAUCGUUGCAGUAGUUGACAACCAACUUCGGCGAAUCCGAACAAGAUCGACUGUUUGUUUAAACAGAAGUUUAAUUUUUACGAUCGAUUUAAAAACAACUUUAAAAAGCGUGGGUGUAAACAUACCAUACUCAAAUAAUGGUCGAUUACAGCAAGUGGAAGGAUAUCGAAAUUUCAGACGACGAAGAUGAUACUCAUCCUAACAUUGAUACACCAUCCUUGUUUAGAUGGCGUCAUCAAGCGAGAUUGGAACGAAUGGAAGAAAGAAAACGUGAACACGAGGAACAUGAAAAGAAAAAGGCAGAACACAAGCAAAAACUUAAGGAUACAAAAGAAAGGCUUGCAAGGUUAGAAAACGAGCAAAAGGAUUCUGCCGAUUUAACUGCAUUAAAAAAAGUUUUGCAAGACCUUGAAGAAGAAGAGAAACAAAUUAAAGCAAGAGAAGAUGAAAUGAAUAAAAAGGAAAAGAUGACACCAUGGAAUGUGGAUACAAUCGGUCAGGAUGGAUUUACAAAAACUGUAAUAAACACAAAACCGGCAAGGAGUGAUGAUGAUUCAAGUUUCUCAGAUGAAGAGAAGGAGAAAAGAAUGAAGCAAUUUGUAAAGGAUAAUGAGAAAAAGUUAAAAGAAUUUGGUAUGCUUAGAAGAUACGACGAUAGUAAGAAAUUUCUUUUGGAUAAUCCACAGAUAGUUUGUGAGAAUACAGCAAAUUAUUUAGUUAUUUGGUGUAUUAAUCUAGAAAUGGAAGAGAAACAUGAUUUAAUGGAACACGUGGCCCAUCAAUGCAUAUGCAUGCAAUAUAUAUUGGAAUUAUCCAAGCAAUUGGAUAUUGAUCCUAGAGCUUGCGUUAGUUCCUUUUUUAGUCGUAUACAAAUUGCAGAAGUAGAAUACAAGAAUUCUUUUGACGACGAACUUAGAGCAUUUAAGGAUAGAAUAUGUAAGCGUGCUGCCGAAAAGGUUGCAGAUGCGCUUAGAGAAGCGGAAGAGGAAGAAAGAAAAGCGAGGCUUGGCCCUGGUGGUCUUGAUCCAAUUGAAGUUUUUGAAAGUCUUCCAAAGUCUUUUCAAAAAUGUUUCGAAGCACAGGACAUACCAUUAUUGCAACAAACAAUAGCUGCUAUGCCUGAAGAAGAAGCUAGAUAUCAUAUGAAACGUUGUAUCGAUAGUGGUCUUUGGGUACCAGAUGCUAAAGCUAAAGAUAAAGAGGAACAAGAGCAAAAAGAAAAAGAAGAAACUACUGUUACGGCCAAUCCAGAAUAACACUUUGAACUAAGCUCCGCUUUCGCAUCUGUAUUUUUUCUUUUUCUCUUUGUUAAGAUACUGCUUGACUUAUAGAUUUACAAUAGAUCAAUUAAAAUAAAAUUAUUCGCAACAGAGAAAAGGAGGAUAAUUCUAUCCUCCGUAUGAUUUAUCCAAAAAAAAAAAAAAAAACAAAAAAAAACAAAAAAAAAACAAGAAAAAAAAAGAAGUAUCAAUAAUAUUUUCAUAACUAUAGCUGAAAACUAACUGAAAAUUCGUUUAAUUAACGUUGGAGACUGAGAUUAUUUUCUUAUAAUACGUUUUUUUUUUUUUUUUUUUUUCUUUUUUUUAUUGGAAUUCUUUCAGUUAAUACAAGAUGAUAAUAAAAGUGCAAAAUUAUUAAUCGAAAUAUAUCAUAUGCAGCAGUACUUUCCUUUCGCGGUAUAUUCAUAAUUGUACUUUCAAUGUAAUUCGUAAAAAAAAAAAAAAAAAAAAAAAAAAAAAAAAAAGAAAACAGUAUUAAGAAAAGAGCGUUCUAUAUGUAUGUAACUAAUCUUAAAGUGUAUAGAAUAUAUGUACAUAUAUUCUUUAUGCUAUCGUGUUCCAUCAUUUCUGCAUUUUAUGAAUUUCUGACCAAUAUGUAAUAUGUACAUUACACAAUGUAUAUCGUUGCAUAUGAAUUGUGUAAAUAAAUAAAUCUUUAUUGACCAAA